AUGACUCACUCACACAAAAGAACAGAAUGGUACAAGGAAGGAUUCUUCUCUCUUAUUACAGGGGUCCUUUAUGGAGCUACCAAUACCAUUGUGGGUCAUCCUUUUGAUACUAUUAAAACAAAGAUGCAGGUUUAGCAAGAGUAUUUGACAAGGAACACUGGUUAUAUCGAUACAGUGAAACAGCUAUAUAAAUCAUAAGGUCCCAUUGGGUUUUAUCGUGGCUGUGUCCCCCCAUUUUUCGGCUCAAUUAUCUAUCGCUCCUUGCAAUUUUCUGUAUAUGAGCUUUUCUAUACGAAAUGGGAAAAAAGUCAUACUUUGACAUAACCGCUUCCGAUGACAGGGGGACUACAGCCUAGAGUUAUUUUAUCAGGUAUGUUGUCUUCAGCAGCAAGAUCAAUAGUAGAGUGUCCAUUUGAGUAUGCUAAAGUGAAGAGAUAAACAGGCUAAACAUAUUAACUGAAUCAUGCCUAUCAAGGGUUUGGAGUUUUAUAUCUUAGAACAACUGGCUUAAUGACAACAUACUUCAUCCUCAUCGAUAAUUUUAGGAGACAUACAAAUGCAUUUAAUUCUAAAGUCGGGCAGUUCUUAGCUUCGGGUGGGUCAGCCAUGUUUGGAUUUUGGGUUGUCUGGCCUUUUGAAAAUAUUAAAAAUUAGAUUCAAGCUCAGAAUGAUGAUAGUAAAAUGAAUAUGAUGGCUAGAGGUAGAGAUAUCAUUAAAAGGAAUGGAAUAAAGGGACUCUAUAGGGGAAUCAUACCUGGCAGUUAGAGUAUAUUCCUGAGAAAUGGAGCUGCCAUGAUUGUGAUGCAAAAAGCAUAAAAACUUCUCACAGAUCAUGGCUUUAGAGAUUGA